AUUCUUCAUAUUGCUAUAAUAUCCCCCAUUGCAAAUUUGCCAUUCCUCUCUUGGUCGUAAAACACCCUUUAUCCAUCCAUCCGCGCUCAAAUUCAGCAUUCCAAAAUCAUCCAUAAAUACCUCACGCUCACGCUCACGCUCACACUCACACACACCGUAUCCAACACCACACUUGAAUCAACCAGAAACAGAGCACUGAGCAGUGAGCACCUAAGUCCACAAGAUGAAGCCCCCCAAUUCCAUCUCCCUCCUCCUCUUCUUCCUCUUCCUCCUCACACUCUCCAUCACCAAAGCCCAAGCCCAAGCCCACCAGCCCAAAAAGACCUACAUAAUCCACAUGGACAAGUCCAGCAUGCCCGCGACCUUCACCGACCACCUCACCUGGUUCGACUCCUCCCUCAAAUCCGCUUCCCCCUCCGCCGAAAUCCUCUACACUUACAAACACGUGGCCCACGGCUUCUCCACCAGGCUCACCCCCCAAGAAGCCCACGCACUCUCCAACCACCCCGGAAUCCUCUCCGUCACACCCGAACUCAAAUACACUCUCCACACCACCCGAACCCCGCAAUUCCUCGGUCUCGACAAAUCCACCACACUCCUCCCCGCCUCCGACCAGCAGAGCCAUGUAAUCAUCGGAAUCCUCGACACCGGCGUCUGGCCGGAGCUCAAAAGCCUCAACGACGCCGCCUUCGGCCCCGUCCCCGCCACCUGGAAAGGCGAGUGCGAAACCGGCAACAACAUGAACGCCUCCAGCUGCAAUAAGAAGCUGAUCGGAGCGAGAUUCUUCUCCAAAGGCUACGAAGCCGCACUCGGACCUGUCGACUCAACCACCGAGUCAAACUCCGCCAGAGACGACGACGGCCACGGGACUCACACGCUGACCACCGCGGCAGGGUCGGCUGUGGCCAAAGCUAGCCUCUUCGGCUUGGCGUCAGGAACAGCCAGAGGCAUGGCCCCGCAAGCGCGCGUGGCGGUUUACAAAGUGUGCUGGCUCGGCGGAUGCUUCACCUCCGACAUCGCCGCCGGGAUCGACAAGGCCAUCGAGGACGGCGUUAAUGUUCUAUCAAUGUCGAUCGGAGGAAGCUUGCUGGAAUAUUACAGAGACAUAAUCGCCAUUGGUUCGUUCACCGCCAUGUCACACGGGAUUCUAGUGUCCACGUCAGCAGGCAACGGUGGGCCCAGUCAAGCCUCCUUGUCCAACGUGGCGCCCUGGAUAACCACUGUGGGAGCCGGAACUAUCGACCGUGAUUUCCCCGCCCACAUAACUCUCGGAACGGGCAAAACCUUCAUCGGAGCUUCUCUUUACAGCGGCAAACCCUUGUCGGAUUCGCCGCUUCCUCUUGUCUACGCCGGUAACGCCAGUAACUCCUCCGUCGGCUAUCUUUGCUUGCAAGACUCUCUGAUUACUGAGAAGGUUUCAGGGAAGAUUGUUGUAUGCGAGCGAGGUGGGAAUCCGAGGGUGGAGAAGGGUUUGGUGGUUAAAAAUGCGGGAGGUGCUGGAAUGAUUUUGGUUAACGGUGAAGCCUACGGAGAAGAGUUGGUUGCUGACCCUCAUCUUCUCCCUGCUGCAUCUUUAGGACAAAAAUCGAGUGAAAUUUUGAAGAAGUAUGUUUUCUCAUCAACUAAUCCAACGGCCAAGAUUCAAUUCCUAGGGACGCAUUUGGAGGUUCAGCCUUCGCCUGUUGUGGCGGCUUUUAGCUCCAGAGGACCCAAUGCUCUUACUCCAAAGAUUCUCAAACCGGAUUUAAUAGCUCCAGGGGUGAACAUCUUAGCCGGUUGGACCGGUGCGGUUGGGCCAACCGGUUUAACCGUUGACCAACGACACGUCAGCUUCAACAUAAUUUCCGGCACUUCCAUGUCGUGCCCGCACGUGAGUGUCUUGGCCGCGAUUCUCAAGGGCGCGCACCCUCAGUGGAGCCCCGCCGCAAUUAGGUCAGCGCUGAUGACCACGGCGUACGUGAGUUACAAAAACGGCGAAACGAUUCAGGAUAUCGCCAAUGGACAAGCCGCGACGCCGUUUGAUUACGGCGCGGGACACGUGGACCCCGUGGCUGCGCUUGAUCCCGGUCUCGUCUACGAUGCGAACGUGGAUGAGUAUCUGGGGUUCUUCUGCGCGCUGAACUACACGUCGCUUGAGAUAAAGCUUGCCGCGAGGAGGGACUUCACGUGCGACCCGAAGAGGGAGUACCGAGUGGAGGAUUUCAACUACCCGUCGUUUGCGGUUCCUUUCGAGACGGCUUCGGGGAUUGGGGGCGGUUCGGAUGCGGCGAAGACAGUGAAGUACUCUAGGGUGCUCACUAACGUGGGGUCCGCGGGGACUUAUAAGGCUUCGGUGUUGUCCGGUUCUUCGAAGGUGAAGAUUGUGGUGGAACCGCAGGAACUGAGUUUCGCGGAACUGUACGAGAAGAAGGGCUAUACGGUGUCGUUUACCUCCACUUCGAUGCCGUCUGGAACGACCAGCUUUGCACGUUUGGAAUGGACGGACGGAAAGCAUAGAGUUGGUAGUCCAAUUGCGUUCAGCUGGACUUGACAAUUGGAUUUGGCAUGACGUGACUCCGAUAUAUAUCUUAUUAUUAUUUAAAUUUAAAUGGUGUCCUCACUCGUGGUGGAUCUGGAUGAUGGACUAUGGCCCAAAUGAAAGGGGUCACUUGAUUGUUGCUCUUUAUGCUAUGGUUUUGGGCCCAACAAGGAGGCCCGGCCUGGCCUUACAGAGCUUCUUCUUGUUAUGUAUCACUAUGUUAUUUUUAUUCGAUAGGCUCAAGUUCAGGAAUAAUAAUUGUACAUAAAAAAAAGGUAAUGGGGGCACCUGUAUCAUUCUAUGCAUGUAUCAUAAUAGCUUUCAAUUAUUGGUAUCUUUCCAGUUUUGAGGUUUU